AUGGAGGGCUCCUCAGAUGUCCAUAGUGGGACGCACGAAAUAGGCAUUAUUCGCGCCGCUACCGGGGAUUAUGAUCCCAAGAAACAACAAUUUGCAGAAGAAGUGCUGAAGAAGGACUGGGCAAGCUUCUAUGACCUCAUUGCAAGCUCUGACGCCCCCUUCCUACAUUCAACAGAUGGACGAAGACCGCUAAGCCUGAAGGAGCUGAAGGAGUUCAUCACGAGCGACCAGGUUGAGGUGCUGGGACUUGGUCGCGAGGAUAGACUCUGCACGGCAAUCCCCAAUGGCCCAGAAGCUGCGGUGUGUUUCUUCGCGUUUGCACUGAGAUGUACUUUUGCGCCUCUCAACAUCGGUCUCAGCCGGGACGAGUUCGACUUUGAAUUCACAGACUUGCCAGCCAAGGCGCUGGUGGUCCAGGCCAAGGACGGUCUGAGUGAAGAUGAUCAAAAAAACACGGGCAACGCUGUAAGUGUUGCGCGCAAAUGCAAGGUUGAAAAGCUACUGGAGCUGACACCUUCAAAGGAAGUUGCCGGCUUGUUCCAGUUGGGCAAGCAUGCAGCUGGGAAGCCCUUGAAGGGCGAUGCGCUUGGCAACCCUCUUGCAUCUGUCAAGCGUGACAACCUUGCUCUCGUACUGCAUACAUCGGGCACAACGAAGAAACCAAAAAUUGUGCCGCUAACGCAUGCCAACAUCGCCAGCGGUGCGAUGUGCAUUGCGUCCACAGUAGAACUGAAGCCUGAGCACAUCUGCCUGAACACAAUGCCGCUUUUUCACAUCCACGGGCUUAUUGUCAAUGUUCUGGCUUCUGCCGUCGCAGGCUCACAGGUCAUCUGCCUGCCUGGCGUCUUCCAGGUGCAGAACUUCCACGCAGCCUUGGUGAGGCAGCCAGAGCCAAACUGGUACUCGGCAGUCCCAACCAUGCAUCUUCAAAUUCUCCAAUUCGCUGAGGAAGUUGCGAAGGAGAAGGGUAAGCCGCCAGAGAACAAGCUGCAGCUCAUCAGAAACUGUUCUGCUGCCUUAGUCCCAACUGUAGCGGCUGCUAUGGAGGAAGUGUUGAAGGUGUCCGUGAUGCCCACAUAUGCAAUGACAGAGUCCAUGCCCAUUGCCUCCAACCCUCGAUUUGGCAAGCGCAAGCUUCGCUCCGUGGGAAUGAAGGCUGGACCCAACAUGGGUAUCAUGAAUGGACAUCCUGACAGUUCGUUCCUAAAGGUAGGCGAGGAGGGCGAGGUUGUUGUGAAAGGUGGUCCUGUGACAAGCGGAUACGAGUACAGGGAGCAUAUGGAUGCGAAUCCCAACAUUGAAGCUUUCAGUGAAGGAUGGCUCAGGACAGGUGACAAGGGCUGGCUGGAUGCCGAUGGUUACUUGUACCUGAGUGGUCGUUUCAAGGAGAUCAUCAACCGAGCGGGUGAGAAGAUUUCUCCCUUCGAGGUUGAAGAUGCCAUGCGCUCCAAUGACGCGUUGAAGGAUUGUAUUGCCUUCGCAGUCCCUCAUAAAUCCCUCGGAGAAGUUGUCGGCAUUGCUGCUGUCCUAAAGGAUGGCAAGUCGUUGACCAUCAAAGAGCUGCGAAGCUGGUGCAACAAAUGUGAUAAGCUGCAAGCGAAAUGGAUACCCGAAAUGCUCGUGACAAUGCCGAGCAUACCCAAGGGUCCAACAGGGAAGCCUGCAAGGAUAAACUUGGCCAAAAAGCUGGACUUGCAGCCGCUUGAAGGUGUGCCCAAGGACCUGGACCAUCCUGGAAUCUCUGGAUAG